AUGUCCUGCCAACCGACGGAAACGCUCUACGAGACGAUAACGACAACUACAGAGGAUGGGACGCUGUAUACACCGUAUCCGACGCAAACUAUCGACUCGCUCGUAGUCUCCGGUGCAUUUCCAAGCUCUGUAUGUGCAGAGUAUGCCGGUAGCCAGUGCAUCCGCUCGACGCUUCAGACCCUCUCCUUUACUUAUACUACUUAUGCUACUUAUCCCCAAACCCUUUCUGUGCAUGCUGUUCGGACAAUUACCACAACAGUUCCGACGCGAACCCUCUACGCACCUUGCGGCACGAUCUCCACAGUCGUAUCUGACGGUGUUAUUGUCUCGUCCGUGUAUGUGACUGUAACGCCUGGGCAGACCACAGAGUCAAGUUCGCAGCCCGCUUCGAAUUCUACCAGUCAUUCCUCCUCCAACGGUCCAAUUAUUGGCGGAGUAGUGGGUGGAGUCGUAGCAUUAUCUGCCCUUUUUGGCGUCAUCUGGUAUCUCUGGCGAAGAAAUAAAAAGCUACGUGAAAUGCUCAAAGAAAACGAGGAAGAGGAAAAACAUACGACGGCGAUCGACCCGGAGCGACUUAUUCCGUCACCGUAUACACAAUAUCCGAGCCCAAGCGUGGUCGGCUCGCCUACCUCGGCUGGAGUUUACAGCCCGGAUGUUUAUGGAUUAACACCGGAAGAGCUUGCGCUCACCGGAGGUGCAGCAGCGACGCAAUACACACCAACUCAUUCGCGUGCUGGUUCGACUUCGACUGGAUUCCAACCACGCCCACUCUCUGCAGUCACCAGCUCGGCCGGCGGUGGCGCAGCAGGAGUUGGAGCCGCAAUGUCGAGACUUCCACCUCCCUCGUCCGAUGGCUACGGCUCGCGACCAGGGAGCGCCAUGGCAGGCGAGUAUGGCCAAGAGGGAAGUGUAGGUACAGGCAUGUCCGCCGCUGCCAGUGCAAAGGCACGCGAGGCAUAUCAACAUAGACGGAGUGCGCUCUAUACACAGAACGCAGAGGACGUCGGCCCGGCUGGACAACACGAUGAUGGUGAUAUCGUGAUGCCGACAAAUGCGCAUGCCGUGCGCUCCACGGUUCCUCCUUCGGCCUGGACUGUUCCACCCCCAGCAUACACUCCAGAUCAACCUUAG